AUGGGUAUAGUAGAACAUCGAGAUCUUAUUUACAUUAUUGGUGGAUAUACAGACACUUACACCCUCCUGCGUGAUCUUCUCUCAUACAAUCCUGUGACUGGGGAGUGGAAGAAUCUAGCACCAAUGCUAGGUCCACCAUGUCACAUGAUAGGUGUUGCAGUUUUGAAUAACUUUCUAAUGGGUAUAGUAGAACAUCGAGGUCUCAUUUACAUUAUGGGUGGAUAUACGGACGACACUGACAACGACCUGCGUGAUCUUCUCUCAUACAAUCCUGUGACUGAGGAGUGGAAGAAUCUAGCACCAAUGCUAGGUGAACCAUGUGACACGAUAAGUGUUGCAGUUUUGAAUAACUUUCUGUACGUAGUAGGUGGUACUGAGUUUGAGGAAAUGGAAAGAUAUUCUUUUGAACAGGCGGUGACAUUAGAAAUGAUGAUGGACAGUGGACGUAUGGACUCUUAUAACCCCUUUCAUGAACUUCUCUCAUACAAUCCUGUAACUGGGGAGUGGAGAGAUCUAGCAGCACUGAGUGCUCCACCUCGCUACAACUACAUGGGUGUUGCAGUUUUGAAUAACUUUUUGUAUUUAGUGGGUGGUCUUUUUAAUGAAGAAGGGGAAAAAUCACUAGAAAGAUAUUCUUUUGAACAGAACGAAUGGUUUAAGUGUUCAUCAAUGAAUUUUUGGCGAAGUAUCCCAGCAGUUGUUGCCACAAAUUCUCUGUUAUAUAUCAUAGGUGGUCAUCGUCCCAAUGACCACCUUGAACUGAACCAAUGGUUUAAGUGUUCGUCUUCAGAGUAUUUGGGUCGAAGUAGCCCAGCAGUUGUUGUCACAAAUUCUCUGUUAUAUGUCAUAGGCGGUUACUGGAGUGGUUUGAAUGGAAUUGGAAUGGUAAGGAAAGAAGAAUAA